AUGCGUAUUCUAGGGUCCAAGUCAGACCGUCGAGUUUCCGUACUUCAUGUGACCGGACCCGAGUUUCCCGAUGGCGUCAUCACCGUUAGCAUCGUGCUCGACGAAGCGAGAUUGAAAGCCUACUUCCACCAAGCUACCGGCCAUCGGGCAGAAUGCGCCAACAUGGCCGGUAAUAUCAUGUUGAGAGGUUAG